GACCUUUAUUCUGCUUGACGGCUUUCUGGCGCCUUUGUAGCGGCUGCCACGAUGACUUGUCUCUAGGCAUUCUGUUCGAUAUCUGUGAAUUUGAUGUUGAUGUGCAAAGUAAAGAUUUAGUUCGCAGAAGCUGCGAGAGCAGUGUCGCAAGGCAAGUGCAGCCGAGGCGCGCGUCAUGCGCAGCCGAGCUACAGUUGCAGCACGAAGACCCCUGUACCAUCGCUACCUGUUAUCUUCGCUAUAUCAUCUUAGAGCUCAUUGUUGAAGACAUCAUGGCCGACGUAGAUGACAAGGAAAAGGCCGAGAAGCUCGCUGCCGCGAAGAAGCGCCCAGUUCGAGGAGUUGAAGAAGAAGCAGAAAGGGAAGAAGGGCGGAAAGAAGAAGGCUGACAAGACUGAUGCCACGGAAGAGAAGGAAGACACGGCCGCAGAGACUCCAGCAGACAACGAAGCACUAGAUGCCGAUACCGAUGCCCCCGCGGAAGAUAACCCCACCGAGGACACGCCUGUAGUCGCAGACACAGCAGAGGUUGUGAGCGAGGGGACAGGGGACGAUAAGGCUGAAGAAGCGGCAGCGGAAGAGGCAGCCUCAGAAAGGCUGUCGCACGAGCGCAAGCCAUCGCAAUCCGAGCAAUCCAGACAACGAUCUGCCUCAUUCAGACAGAACUCUGGCCUCACAUCUCCUAGCCUGUCUAAAUCACCUGCUCUUCCACCCAUCAGCGCAGAAGACGAGGUUCAAGACAUAUACCGCAAGCAAGCUUCGCGCAUUGAGGAGCUGGAGAAGGAGAACAAGGCUCAUCAGGAUACGCAAUCCAAGCUGCAGAAGGCAGAGGAUGAGCUGGAACAGCUGAGAGAAAGCAGUGGCGAUGUCGCCGAACUCAAGACCAAGGCUGCCUUGGCUGACAAGCGCCACGAUGAGAUUGAGAAGCUGACAUCCGACUUGUCGUCGGUGCAGCGACAGCUCUCACAGGCUCAACAGCAAGUGGCUGACAAGCGACGCAAAUCGAAUGCCAGUCCUUCGCGCGAAAUCCAGGCACAACUAGCAUCCAAAACGUCGACCAUCGAGUCGCUGGAGCUGGAGUUGUCAAACCUGAGAAACCAAUACAACAUGUCGCAAUCUUCGGUUUCGGCUCACGAAGCUACAAUCAAAGAGCUGGAGCAACGGGCCACCACAGCAGAGCAGGCUGCCGAAACAGCACAGAAAGAGAUCGAGACACUGAAGGAGACCAUCAACAAGCCCGUGGAGACGGAGAAGAGCGAGGCUGAAGAUCCAGUCGCUCUGCAAGCAAAGAUUACAACUCUUGAAUCCGACCUACGUACCGCUCACGCUUCUGCAGACACUGCAGCCAGUCGCGCUACUUCGCUUGAACAAAAGAUCGAGACCUUGACCAAACUUCAUAAGGACCAAGCAAACACUCACGAUACUCAGAUCAAGGAUCUGACCUCCAGACUCGCUUCCCUGAGAACCUCCCAAACCUCCGCCGCCAACAACACAGACUCCAUCGCCGACGACGCAAUCGACAUGGAGCGUGAACAAUUACAACAGCGCAUCCGCGACUUGGAAGCCGAAAAUACAGAUCUCCGCCGUGGUGUAUGGCGUGACCAGAGAGCUGCGUUACAACCAGAUAUCAAUGACGCCUCGCCAGGAUAUGAAGACGUCGAUCUCAGCAACCCUUACGCGGCGCCCUCGUCUGCUCAACGCCCUUCUGCUCGUACAGGCAGCAGCUUCCAAGAUGUGCUCCAGAGUGGCAUCAACGCGUUUACUGGUGGCCAGAGAAAGCAAUCGCUGGGUCUUUUGAGUGAAGAAGACUUUGACGAGGAUUCAUUCCGCGUCGCUCAGGAAGAAGAAGGCAAAAAGAGGAUCGAGAGGAUCCGAGAAGUCAAGCGAGGACUCGAGGAUUGGAGGGGAUGGCGUGUGGAUCUCGUUGAUCUGAGAGCUGGAGGUCUGGGUGGUGGUGCAGCUACUGGACCUAUGUUCGAAGUCUGAUCAUGAGCAUCAGUACAACAAUUCAUACACACGAUU